AUAUAAGCAAGCACAACUAUAACUAAACAUACAGUAUAUAGGCUACUGUUGUUGUAACUGUAUAGUUUGUCAUCCAUGUAAUGUAAUAUAACGCUUCUUUGAAAAAAACGUAUUCUUUGAAAUCCAAGCCAUACAAAUUCGGGGGCGCACUUCAACGCUCACUUUGAGAUGGCCAAAAGGUUAUUGCUUGAAGUAAUAUACUGGAAAAAUGCUCGGCCAGCUGUCCAAUUCUCUAGGGUAGACUGACUACACGCUGUCAAGUCAAUCUUGCAACUAACGGGAGUGAUUGGAGACUACAAGUAUCAUUCUUUUUUACCCAAUACCAAGACAAUAUGCUAACGUCACCCGUAGACGACUCGAACAUUUUGUUACACUUGUUAAAUUAUAGUACAUUCUGCUUGUGCUUAGUGUCUAAAAUCCCGUCGAUUGUUCUCGUAGCAAGAGCGAAGUCUUCCAAGGGAUUUAGCCUGAAGGGCUUGCUGUUGGAGUUGACUGGAUAUGUCGUGUUUGUCACCUACCAGAUUCACCAUGCUGCACCAUCUUCCACGUUCCUGGAGUACCCGAUACUCAUUGCCCAAGACACCGUCCUGCUUCUGCUCAUCCUCUAUUACAAUGGGAAAGCCAAGCACAGCUUGAUCUACAUUGCACUAUUUGUAGGGGGAUGGAAACUUGUCACACUACAAGAUUGGAUUAUUGAUCUGGCUAUGAGCCUCUGUACCUUAAUCAGCGCCAGCAGUAAGUUUGCCUCCGCCCAGUGCCUGUACCAGUCCAAGGACUCCUCCGGGGUCAGUGCCCUCGCCUGGAGCAUAUCCUGCUACACCUGCUUGGCGAGGAUGUUCACUACAAUCAUGACAACAGCAGACAUACAAGUUCUCACCCGGUUCGCGGUCUUGUCAUCACUCAAUGGAUUUGUGCUGGCCAUGAUAUUCCACUACAGAAGAGAUGUCAAAAAGGUGGAAUGAGCUUUGGAGAUGAGUCUGUCAGUCACCUGAGUCAUAUUCUUCAGGCAGCAAACAGAAGAACACAGAAUGACACAUGGAGGGACUAACUGGACUGUCCAAUAAAGAAAACUACCAUUUUCACUUGCAAAAUGUCCCUGACUUGUGAAACCACAAACAAGGUCUUAUCCACUGGUCUUUUGGUCCCAGAACAUGGUAUUCAAGCAACCCUUUGAAGAAAAGAAAAAAAAGUCUUCACUUUUCCAAAAUGAUGAGCAAUACAAGUAAAACACACAAUAAAGAAUAUUCUCCGUCUUA